CGACAGCAGACACAGGAACUGAAGCAGAAAUAGACCAUCUCUACUGCAUCUCAAAAAACUUCAACUGCAAGGAUGCUGUGCGUAUAUAUUUUCCUGUUGCUAACCCUGAGCAGAGUGGGGAUGAGCUCCCUGCAAGAUAAACAGACUGACUUUGGCCUGAAGGUCUUCUCCCAGCUAGCCAAGGAUUCUGUGGACCAGAAUGUGGCCUUCUCCCCAUACGGUGUGGCCUCUGUCUUAGCUAUGGCUCAGCUGGGUGCUGCUGGAAACACCCGCAAGGCCCUAAAUACUGCAAUGGGCUUUUCUCUGCAAGAGAGAGGGAUGUCCAGGCAGCAGCGUCUCCUGCAGCGGGACCUUUCCAGUGAAGAUGGGGUGGAGAUAGCUAGCGGAGUGAUGGUGGAGAGGAAGAUGAGCCUGGAGAAAAGAUACCGUCGGGCUCUGUCCAAGGCCUUCCAGACCCACCCUCACCAAGUGGACUUCACCAAGCCAGACCAGGCAGUUGAUAUCAUCAACUCAUGGAUCUCAGACCACACUGCAGGUUCUAUCCCAGAGUUCUUGGCAUCUGGAACUCUGAGUGAUGAGACUCGCCUGGUUCUCCUUAAUGCACUCCACUUCCAGGGCCUGUGGAAGGUUCCCUUUGAUCCCAAACUGACACAGGAAAGAAUGUUCCACUGUGCCAAUGGCAGCACUGUGCCGGUGCACAUGAUGAGACUCACCAACCGCUUUAACUACGGUGAGUUUGUGACGGCUGAUGGUGUGGACUAUGAUGUAAUCGAGGUGCCAUAUGAGGGUGACUCACUGAGCAUGCUGCUGGUGUCACCCUUUGAGCCUGAGGUGUCACUGAGUGCGCUCAGUGGAGAUCUGAGCAGCCAGAGGAUUCAGCAGUGGCGAGCAGAGCUGAGAAACGUCAAGAGACAGCUGGCCAUGCCCAGGUUUACUCUGAACUCUGAAGUGAAUCUGAAGACUGCUCUCUUUAACAUGGGUCUGGGAAGCAUGUUCAACCUGGCUACUGCUGACUUCACACGCAUCACAGCUGAUGAGAGGCUGUGUGUUUCAAAGGUCCUGCAGACGGUGAAGAUUGAAGUAAAUGAGCAAGGAACCAAAGGAGCAGCUGCAACAGCUGCUGUGAUGUUUUCUCGAAUGGCAGUAGAAGAGAUCACUCUGGACAGACCUUUCCUCUUCCUCAUCCAGCACAAACACACAGGUGCUGUUCUCUUCAUGGGUCAGUUCAAUAACCCACUCUGAAGACCUGCCCUCAUUCCACUGUCAGAUCACUGCUGCUCAUACACCGCAUGAUGACCAUACGAUGACCAAACCAGACCAACAGGAUUCAUGUGGCUGCUUUUGACUUUACUGACUUAUUUUACUGGAUAGUUUAUUUAAGAUGUAAGAUAAUAAUAGAAGAGGACAAAGACUCACAGAUGUGACAUGACUGACUGAGACAUUCUUUGUAAAGAUUUUAUGUUUGCUGUUAAUUUAUUUCUGUGACGAGAUGGAACAAAAUAUGAAGGAAAGUAUAUAAUAGUAAUAGUUUUUGGUUUUCAAAGUAAGUCAUUUUUAGCAGUUUAUUGUUCUGCACAACAGACACUGAUGCACUUCACAGAGAGAGAUAUUGCUGCAGACAGAAUAAUGGCUGCAUUACUACCAAGAAAGAUGUAUUUGUUUUCUAUUUUACUAUGUUGAUGAUGAUGUCUAUUUUUGAGUUACCUUGUUUGUAUUUUUGCAGUA